AUGGCUGUUCUUAAUAAAAAUCUUGAAGGUGUAGUGGCAAUUGGAACAGAAUUUGAAAAUAAUGAAUUAAACUAUCCAUAUACUGUAUUUGCUACCAAAUCACUUGUCAAAGGUAGUAAACUAUCUCUUAAUGCAGCCAAUAGUGGAUGUUUCAGUACUCCCACGAAGCAAGCUUUAAUCCAUGCAGAAUUUAAGAAUUUGAAACGAAUUUCUGCUCCCAAUAACAGGGCAUCAUCUGAUAGCUUAUUACCGGAGGCAUCUUGGAUAAAAACUCUCAAGGAAGCGUCGACAGUUCCGUCACCAGCGAAAAUUUUAUCUAGUUCUAGUGACAUCUUGUCUCUAGAAAAACUGGCCUUAGAAAAAAAUUUAAUUGAGACUGGAACCAAAGUCAGGAAUUUAACAUUUCAAUUUUCAGAACACUUUAUUGAUUUUUCAUAA